ACCACGACGCGUUUUAAUUUAGGCUUUUAAAUUAGUUGUAAUUUUUUUUUUUCUUUUACAAAAAUAUUACUUCAUAUGUUAGUUGUAACAUUAUAUAAUACUUGUAAGUAACUUUCUACCAUAGUACUCGCAUGCAUGGUAUAAUUUCAUUUUAGCCUUAUAAAAAAAAUUUGAUAGUUAAUUCACCAAAAAAAAGAAAAAAAAAUUAAAUAAUUAAAGGCACGUUAAAUUAAUGGAAAAUUAGAGGGUUGCAACUAAUUAAGUGAACUUAACAAUACAAGUAGAUUUAAGUCAUGUAACAAGUAUUAAAAUGUGCACAUAUAAAAAAUAUAUGUACAUUUCUUUUUUUAUAUUUGAAGAAGAAAUUGAAAAGACAGAAAAUUAAAAAAGAAUAUUCUAUGAUAAUGAUUUCCUUAAAAAAAAAACCCUUUGGGAAACGCACAACUCUCCUUCCCUAUUCCCCCACUCACCUAGUCAUCACCUAUAUCACUGUUUUACCUUAUAAAAGCUUUCUUCUUCUUCCGUUCAAAAAGAAAACAAAAUCUUUCUUCUUCUUUUCAAUCUCAAUUAUCAAAUAUGAAUAUGUGAUCAUCACAGAAAUGUUGGACGACCAACAAUCUUCUUCGGAGAGGACUUUCUGGGGUAAGCUUGUUUUUUCCUUUUUUUUUUUUUUAUUGUAAAGAUAUAAUUUGAUAUGCUUAUCUUAUAUUUUUGGGAUUGAUAUGGUAGUUGUUGUGUGGUAUUUUUGUGAUGAUAGAUUUCAUUAGGUUUAAACAUGGUUUUAGGGGUUUAAUGAACUGGUUAUAGAUGCUCAAAGUUUAAAGGAAUUUCUUGUUGUGUUAUAUCAUGAUUGUGCUCUAAAUUGACUUAUUAGCAUGUUAGGGUUUAUUAGGUAUAACUUGUGAUGAUAGAUGUUGACCUUGUUGUCCCAUUUUGGUUGUUUUGUGAAAUGGUAGUUUGGGGUUUUGGUUUAAUUAAAUUAAUUUAUGGAAUUUUCAUUGUGAGCAUUAUAUAUUAGUUGAAAUUAUAUUUUAAAUAAGUAUUUUUGGGUAGUUACCUUGAUUAUAGGAUAUUAUUAUUUUUGUCUUAAUUUGAUGUAUUAUCUUAAGAUUAUUUCAUGCCUCAACAUAUAACUUUACAUUUUUUAAUUUGAUUGUUUGAUAUGUAAAGUUUGAUUGUUUCAUGCCUUAAAUAAAAAACCCUUUGUCUGAUAUGUAAACGUUAUAUAUCUUAAGAAAAUUUCAUGCCUUAAAGUUUCAUAUGUAAAGUAUGUAUUAGUUGCAAGUUUUUCAAGCCCUUUACAAACUUUACAUUUUUUUAUCGUUUCAUUGUUUUUGUUAAAUAAAUAAUAAAAAAAAUAAUCUGUAAUUUCCAUUGAUGUAGGGAUCAAGGUUUUGCCAAAACAACCUGUUACUGUGAGGUUACCAAAUAAUUCGUUCAAUUGUCUUCACAUUUCUCAGGUUUUCUUUUGUUUUCUCUACUUUUUUUCUUGCUUCUUUCUUUGUAGAUUAUUUCAUCAUAGUUUAUAAUCCGAUUUUUAUCAAAUAAUUUGUAGGCUACGGCAGAGUCCUCAAGUUCGGAAAAUAUGUACAGCAGAUAUCGAUCAUUGGUCUCUGUAAAAUGUGAUGGUAAAAAUAAAAUUUUAAUUUGCUCCUUGGGAGUAUACCGCACUCUUAUGGCGACCUUAGAAUUGGAAUUUACCGGACCUUGUGAAAUGGUCUUCUCCCUUAAAGGUCAAAGGGGAGUUCAUCUAGUUGGACAUUUCUAUAACCGUACAACUUCACUACUUAAUUUUGUUGCCCCUCCAAUUGAGAAUGAAAGAAGAGAGUGGAAGGGGGCGAACAAGCAUUAUUUGCUAAUUGCUGACGAGAUUGAAGGACAAAACAAUGCAAGUGAGAAGAAACGGAAAUGCAAACAAGGAAACAAGCAUUUGCUAACUGUUGAAGAUAUUGAUGCAAAUGACAAUGGAAGUGAGGAAGGAAGAAAUCAGAAAGUGGAGAACACUCUGCCAAUUAUUGCUGCUGAUAAUGAUAGUGACCCAAAUGAAGGAAGUUCUGUCAGAAGGAAGCUAGAUUAUGUGUUGCCAGUAAAAGAAGUCCAGCCACUUGAUUGUAAUGAUAAGGAGAGGGAGAAAAAACAAAGGAAGAAAAGGGAGAAGAAGCAUCUGUCAAAAGUUGAUGGAGCUGAAGGAUAUAAUGUGGAAGGGUGAGAUUUCUGAAGGAGAUGAUGUGAAAAUUCUAUGGAGUGAGGUUUCUGUCUACUCACUGAGAUGGCAGUUUUGAAUUAAUGUUCAAUAUGAUGUGAACACAGUCUGCUCAAGUUUGCUAUAUUGUUUUUUUUUUUUUUAUUUGAAACCGAGUAGUUUUGGAAGAUACUUUGCAUCUGCUAGAUCUUCAUUUUUGGUGGCUAAAUGUGCAGUUUUCUGCUCUGACUUGUAUUCCUGGUAGAACCUUGGACUAUGGUUUUGUAUUAACAUUGCCUACGUAUCCCAUUUCUGUUUUUGGUGCUUGCUAUAAGUGAUGAUUGACCCUUAAUUAUUUGCUCCUCCUAUGGCUCCUUUUAUAUUAUACUCUAGCUUUUAGCUAAUGAAAAAUUGUACUCUAGCUUUUAGCUAAUGAAAAAUGAAUUUUGCAAUUGUUAUAAAAAUUAAACAAUUCAAUAGACACA